AUGGCGACAACAAAUUUUACAGAUGGUGGGUCUAAGAUAAAAACAAUCCAAGAACUGGCAUGUUCCCCUUCUUCAGCUGAUGGAUUACAACAACCAUCAAUUUAUCUCGCUGCAGUCAACAUGUUCCUCUCAGUCACUGCGUUUCUUGGGAAUUUUCUCAUUCUUGUUGCCCUUCGCAAGGAGUCUUCCCUUUGUCCGCCAUCCAAGCUCUUAUAUCGUUGUCUGGCAAUAACUGAUCUGUUGGUUGGUCUUGUUACUCAGCCUCUUUAUGUUACUUAUUGGAUGUCCUUAGUUUACGAACAACGGAGUCUUUGUCUAUAUACAUACUACACCGCCUGCAUAACAGGCUUUACCUUGUAUUCAGUGUCUUUGUUGACAAUAACGGCCAUAAGCGUGGACAGACUUCUGGCCCUGUCGUUGGGGCUGAGAUACAGACAAAUUGUAACGUUGAAGCGCACAAGUAUCAUUACAACUACCUUUUGGAUUGUAUCUGUUGUCGCCGCUUUAUGCUACAUUUUAGAUCACCGCAUAACCCUUUCUUUUGGUUGUACAGUUAUACCAUCUUGUCUAGUGAUCUCAAUCACAUUGUACUCAAAGAUUUUUCGCACUCUCAGGCAUCAACAGGCUCGAGUACAAGAUCGUUUUCAGCAGCAGCCAGGCCAACAAAAUGCACUGAACAUCGCAAGAUACAGAAAAGCAGUGUACAGUGCACUGUGGGUGCAGUUUGCUUUAGUUAUUUGUUAUGCACCAUAUGAUAUUGUGGUAACUAUGAUCAUUUUAAGUAAGUCAUAUUCAUCACAUCUCAUCGUCAUUAAAGACAUUCUGGUAGUUUUUGCCCACUUUGACUCCUCUUUAAAUCCUUUUCUUUUUUGCUGGAGGAUUGGUGAAGUAAAACAAGCAGUAAAGCAGACAAUCAGACAAACACUUUGUCUAUAGAGUUUAAUUCGUCUUAGGCCACACUCAAAUGGACACCUUCAAGGCUGACGUUUAAUUAGUCACAACCCCUUCUCAGAAUGCUUCAGUGUCAAAUAUAUCACUGGAUUAGAGGAAAUAAGUAGUUCUAAAAAAUCGCUCCUCGAGGCUUGUAAAUAUAUUUUUUCCGCACGUAAAAAACUGAAUGAAAGGCAAUGGAAACACUAAUAACAUCUUUUGAAACAAUGUUUCCGGCUACUGAAGUUUGUCGUGAAUGCAACAAGUCAUAACCAAAGAAAAGUGUAAUUGUAUUGUAAUAUAUGUAUUGUAAGUAGUACAGGUUAAUGUAGAGUAAGCAUCGUGUAAGAAGUAAGUAUAGUGUAAGUACAUAUGUAAGUAUAAUAUAGAGAAAAAAAAAUAACCAAAGAAAAGAUGUGCACGCACUAUACUCUCACAUGUUUACUCCACUUAAAAACAUAUGAAGGCAUCGGAUAAGAGUAGUUUAACAGAGUUGGCGAGGUAAAAUAAUUUUACGACAGCAAAAGAGUGAAAUUCCAAUAUUUUGUUUCCUGAAGAGGACUUCGAUGUACGCCGUAUUGCCAAACAAACUGGUCAAGUGUCACUCUCGAAAUUUGAUCUGUUUUCUGAACAAUUUCCAGAAUUCUUAUCAAUAUGUGACUGUUUUUUGUUACUGGUAUGUAUUAACGUAGUUUAAGAAAGUGUAUGAAAUAAAAUUGACCAUCGCUGCCUGUUAGUUUUCUUUCAGAUCGAUCGAUUCUCUGAAAUUAUAUGAUUAUAGCGAAAAAGGGAUUUCGAAUGAAUCAUAUACUUCACAUUUAUAAAUAUUUUAUUUAAAGUGGUGUUAUAUAUCCAGCAUGUCAUUAUUUCAUCCUCUAGUUGUUUUUAGUUUCAUUAUUCUACGUCUAUCACCUCCGAGCGGCUAAUUGUCGCUCUCGACUAAUUGUUGCUCUCACCUGAUUUUCUUUCAAGUCGUUUUAAAAAGGUUUUCUGCAAUUCAUCAUCAACCACGACAUUAAAAGAAUAUUUCCAUUUGAUAAUUGGCCCUAAAUUGACAAUAUAUCUUAAUGUACUUCUAGUACAAUCUAUAACCCGUGUCUUUCUGUUUGCCAAGGGAAUUGACUGCAAGUACUUAUUUGAACUUAAAUUAGACUUUACAAGUUGAGAGAAACAGCUGGUUGCGAUCCACAUAUGUCUGUUUAGCAGUUAAGUAGUUUAGAAAAGUAAAGAGAAAAUGUCGUGAAUAAAACUUUAACACAACGCUGACAGGUGUAUUAAACAACUGAUUCGUGCGUCAGUGUCCGUUCACUGAGAUAUGACGCAUGGCCGAGAAUAUUUCAGAGCACGAAGAAUUUGUAAGAGUUGCUUAAGACGUAGCUGAGAGCAACUAUAGGUUCAUAAGUGAUAAUUAUGCUUGAUAAAAGAAGAAUGAAAUAAAUUGUUGAUCGAGAGUUAAUAACGUUUAACUAGCCAUCUCUUCAUUGCCCAUCUCAUCAAUAAAUUGUCAUGCUCAAUGUAGUAUUUGAAUGGAACUAUAAUUAUCAAACGAGAGUCUUUAGUCGCCGAAGGGAAUCAAGACAGGAAGAAUCCAAUAACUUGCCUUUUACAUGACAGCUUGUUUGAUGGGAAUAUAUUCAUCUUGUCUUCUUGCAAACAAUUAAGAAGUUAAAUGAAAAGAAAUUGCAUCUGGGAUCUGAUAUGCUAAUUUUGGAUUGUUAUAUCAUUCAGGACAAUCUCUAAGAAUUAGUCGGCGAAGGGAGCGGAACAAGUGGAGAAUGAACCCCCCCAAAAAAGUAGAAUAAAAUGGUUUGAAAAUGGUCUUGCUUUUGGUGCUGUUUUGUUUUUAAUAAUAGUUAUAAUAAAGUUCGGAUAUAACGCGCGCUGUCAUUGGUUGAAAGAGCGUGCUCUAUGAGAGUAUAGAGCAUAGAGCUGAGCUAAAGCUGUCACGCCAUCUGCCAAAUUGUACUAUGUUCGACCUUUUCCGGGACUUCUUUUUAGCUUUUUUCCGAUAAUUGAAAGUGAAGUUUCGGAACAAGCGAGCCGGCAAGUAGCAACAGAAGAACCAAAUAAAGGUUUGUAAACAUACCAGGCGCCGUAAUUUACGUUAUUAAAACGUGAGCAGAUACGAAAAUCCUCAAAGGAAAAACAAAAUAGACAUUCCGAGUUUUAAAGAUUAAUUCACGCUCAGUUAGAUUGCAAGCUUAUGUACGGAAAUAAAAAUCAAACACAGCUAAAACUCAUAUAGUAUUUAAAGUUCAGUGUUCAAAAACAAAACAGAACAAAACAGAAAUGAUGAAAAAUAUAACCAAACUGGCAUAACUGUUAAAAUUUAUUCUAAUCAUGACGGUGUCUGAGCGAAUAUGAUCAUGCUGAAGUCCAUCGCGACUCGCUCAUCAUGGCGACCUCCGGUCAUCACAGUAAAGCAAGUCUCAGAAACUAUAUCGGCCGCCCUUCGAGUGAAAAAAUAAGAGCUUGCUCUGAUACCCUUUCCGAUGCGUUGAGUGGAAAGUCACUGCAGCCGAGUUUUGCCGUAUCCCGAGCGAUCUUCAUGUUUCGGUGAAUUCGGCUGUCGUUCAUUCAAAAAACACUCGCCUUGAACAGUUUGUUUUAUACCUUGUCAUGUGAAAAAACUCGCGUGUUUUUAUGAGCCAUAAUUCGGCUGAAGUUCACUGAACAUUUCACUUCAAGAUUCUGUAUUAGAGACUUAAAAACUUCAGGCAAAAGUGUUAAAUUCGGCUUACCGAAUUAUUUUAGUUUGUAAACGAUCGCAGGAAGGUGAACUUUGAUGGAUUUUUAACUUUGAUGAUUUGACACUUUUGACAGCUUUAGUCUUGUACAGCCAAUCAGAUUAUUUGAACCAUUCUAACAGGGAUUCUGAUUGGCUUAUUGUUGCGUGCUCUAUGAGAGUAUAGAGCAUGCUGACGACACUGUUGUUCGCUUUGGAAAUAAGUUUGUUUUGAAAAUUGAAUGGAAUGCUCGGGGAAUUUAAUGGAUUCUUUAUUAUAAAACAAAUAGAGAAGCCUUGACUGUGCUCUGUUCUGUUAUAAAGCACGCAGGAAGCGGCUAGAGCACUCAAGAAAAGGGGAGAAACACUCGACUACGUCUCGUGUUUCUCCCUACACUUCUUUCGUGCUCUAGCCGCUUCCUGCGUGCUUUAUAACAGAACAGAGCACAGUCAAGGCUUCUCUAUUUGUUAAUUGGAGACAAAACGGUGCGAAAUAAAUUACAAAGUUAAACUCAAAUAUUUCAAGAUAAUUAGGCAUCUCCCACCAAAGUUUAGGUCUGAAUAGUUUUAUGUAUUAGGAGAUCGUCGCGAAUUCUUUGUUUUUUUCUUUUUAGGUACACUGCAAAGUUUGAAGACUUUAUUUUCAGUCUCAAAUUCAUAGUUUAUAUUAACACUUAAUCUCCACUUUAUCAAUAUAGGUCCAUCUUAGUUAAGAGGGAUCGCUUGUCGCGUUAUGAAAAAGUUUAUUAAAGGUGUCUUUUCGUUUGCCUAAUACUACUUAUUAAUACCUAAUUCAUUUUUUGACAGAUCAGAGAAUUUUCUCCAACAAUUUAAAUGAAGAAACGUGAUUGUGGAAGUCUUUAUAUGGUUUUAAUAAGAAAGUAAGGUUUCAGUAAUCGCAGCUGGGAGGGUGCUGUACUGAUGAAAUACAUUUCCUUGCCAUUACAGAUGACCUGAAUGAAAGAAAAAUGUCGACAACAAAUUUUAGUAGAGAAGGAACACACACCAAAACAUUUCAUGAACUGCUAUGCUCCCCUUCUUUGAUGGGGGGACUUCAACUCGAAUCAGUUUCUUUCUCAGCGGUGCUAAUUCUCCUCUCAAUCACAACAUUUCUUGGAAAUUCUCUUAUCCUUGUUGCCCUUCAUAAAGAAUCUUCCCCUCAUCCACUAUCCAAACUCUUGUAUCGUUGUCUGGCAAUAACUGACCUGUUGGUUGGUCUUAUUAGCCAGCCCCUCGCUACUAGUCACUGGAUGCUCGUGGUGCACGAACACUGGAGUCUUUGUCGCUAUGUAAAUGGCGCAGUCUACAUAACAGGCCUAGCAUUAAGUGGAGUGUCUUUGAUGACAACGGCUGCCAUAAGUGUGGACAGACUUCUCGCCCUGUUGUUGGGGCCGAGAUACCGACAAAUUGUAACUUUAACGCGCACAUAUUUCAUUGUAGCCGCCUUUUGGGUUUUCGAUCUUGUUGCUUCUUUACGCAUCAUUUUUGAUCACCGUAUAACCUUACUGUACGGCUACAUAAUUAUACCACUUUGCCUGGUCGUUUCGCUCGCCUCAUAUCGAAAAAUUUUUCCUACUCUCGAUAUCAUCAGGCCAGAUCCAGAUCCUUUUCAAAAACGGCCGAACCAACUAAAUGCACUGAAAAUGGCCCGAUACAGAAAGGCAGUAUGCAGUGCACUGUGGGUGCAGUUGGCAUUAGUUGUUUGUCAUGCACCAAUCACUACAGUGGAAAUUGUAGUCGCCCAUUCUAAAACAUACACAUCACACUUAAUCAUCACACGGAGAGUAGCAGUUACCUUAGUUUACUUCAACUCGACGUUAAACCCGUUUCUUUACUGCUGGAAGAUUAGUGAACUAAGACGAGCAGUAAAGCAGACAAUCAGACAAGCACUUUGCUGCCCAUGGAGUUAG